AUGGCCACAACAAAUCGGAUGUCUCAUUUCUUCGUAACAAAAGAGGGAAACCUGGCUCUGUUGACUGUCGUCACUAGCAUGGCUAGUCGUCAAAGCAUGUUUGCAGAGGUGGGCCUCCUCCUAAACCCCUUGUGCCACCACCAGCAAUUUUAUACAGAAAUCAGUAGGCAGCAGCAAAGUACUGAUUUAAGUCCGACAUCAUCUCUAUCCCCAGAGUCAACAAGCGGGGCUAGGCAAAUGAAACCUCAGCAAGAGUCGGUAGUCGGUGUAACAUUGAAGCAUUCGGAACAUCCUUGUAUCUGA